AUGCGUUACGCCUUUGUCGCCCCUGCCAUCCUGGCAGUCACUGCCCUUGCGGCUCCUGUGCCCAACCAGGACGACCUGAUCGGUACCGCUGGUGUUGCUGCCAACGUUGGCGGUGAAGAGACCACCGGCGUUGCCAAGCGUGAUACCGACGAUGUUAUUGGCGACCUGGGUGCCGCCGUCAACGUUGGCGGCGACAAGACUACCGGUAUUGCCAAGCGUGACGCUGACGAUGUCAUUGGUGACCUGGGUGCCGCUGUUAACGUUGGCGGCGACAAGACUACUGGCAUUGCCAAGCGUGACAUCGACGACGUUAUUGGCAAGCUUGGCCUCGGCGUGAACGUUGGUGGUGAUGAGACUACCGGUGUUGCCAAGCGCGAUGCCGACGAUGUUAUUGGCAGCCUGGGCAUUGGUGCCAACGUUGGAGGUGCCGACACCACCGGUAUCGCUAAGCGUGAUACCGACGAUGUCAUUGGCAAGCUUGGCCUCGGCGUGAACGUUGGCGGUGAUGAGACUCUCGGUAUUGCUAAGCGUGACACCGACGAUGUUAUUGGCAGCCUGGGCAUUGGUGCCAACGUUGGUGGUGCCGACACCACUGGUAUCGCCAAGCGUGAUACCGACGAUGUUAUUGGUGACCUGGGUGCUGCUGUUAACGUUGGCGGCGACAAGACUACCGGUAUUGCCAAGCGUGAUACCGACGAUGUCAUUGGUGACCUGGGUGCCGCCGUCAACGUCGGAGGUGCCGGAACCACUGGUAUCGCCAAGCGCUCCGAGGACUUGGCUGUGGGCGGAACCAGUGACAGUUCUAUCGACAGCAUUGACUCCCCUGUGGGCGUUCCUUCAGUUCUUCUUCCCAUCCGUCGUGGAAACGGAAACGGCGAGCAUGUGAAUGAUGAUGAUGGUCUAUUGGGCCUUGGUGGUGUCCUCGGCAUCCCCAAGCGCGAUGACGCUGUUCUCGGCGACGGCGAUCAGAGCACCGGCGGCGUCUUAGGAAGCACCAUUGACCUGAAGAAGCGCGAUGAGGAUAGCUCUAUCGGCGGAGUCGGUGGUUUUGAACUCGCUACCCCAAUCGUCGAUGCUCAAGGCAUCUAA